AUGAUCGUCUGGGUUCAGCUCCCGGCUCUGAAAAUUCAUUUUUACCAUAAGGAGGUUCUGACUAUGUUGGGGAAUCUCAUUGGGCGGACCAUCAAGCUAGAUUAUCAUACCCUAACUCAGCAGCGAGCCAAGUUUGCUCGGUUAGCGGUAGAAGUUGAUAUCUCGAAAGCCCUGGUUCCUAGAAUAUGGCUUGACGAUGAAUGGCAGAAAGUUGAGUAUGAGAACCUCCCCGAGGUCUGCUUCAAAUGCGGAAAGAUCGGUCACAACAUAGGUACAUGUCCCCAGAUCGUUACGGUUGCGUCACUGCCGCAAGGGAAGCUCGACGGGAAUCCAGUGCCGGCCGGCCCGUCUCCUUCAUCGGAAGAUCCCAAUCCGGGGUUCGGGCCAUGGAAGUUAGUAACGAGAAAUUCGCGGCGGAACUCAGGGGAUAUGCAAAGAAAAGGAAAGGGGGAACAAGACGCAGGGACACAGUUGAUUGUUUCCAAGAAUGGGAAUCGUGGAGCAGCUGGCAAGGAAGCAAAUCAAACCUUGCCCAUUUUGGCGCCAACUAAUGAUCCCUCGCAUCAACAUAAUCGAGCCCAAGAAAGGAAAGUUAGUAACGGGAAGAAAAGUGCUGAUGAUGGGAAAAAAGGAAAGGGGAAGGCAAUUAAUGACACGGCAGGAAAAGCGAAAGGACUUCUUGGGCCGGGGCCCAAUUCAGAAGCCUGCCCCAAAAGCCCGAGGCAGAUCGUGCAAGAAGGGGCCUCAACCUCGCAUAGCCCGCCAGGGUCGUCCGUUGGCCUGGUAACUCGUCUGAAGAGUCCUGAUGCAGCGAGUGGGCUCACAGCCCAAAAGCCAGCUGCUGGCCCACCUCAACCUCCAAUAUUCCGUUCGGUAUUGGGCCCUAAUGGUACCUUGAUGCAGAUAGUCGACAACCCACUCUCACCGAUCGACAGCAGCGAACCAAUUCCCUCUUUGACUGCAAGAACAAAACGGAAUAAGAGCAAGAAAACUCAGGGGAAAAGGUCGCCGACCAAGCUAAAUCCGAUGAAACCUUUGCAGAUCUGGUCGCCGGUGAAGAAAAGGAAGCCCAAAUCAAACUCACGGUUGGCGUCGCUGACGUUGCAGGAGAUAAAUGCUUGGACGGAAGCAGCAAAGAGACCGCCGAAUGGAGACGGGGAGAAGGUGUCGAUCGGGCUGGACGGCCAGGUGCAGGAGGAAAGUCUGCGCGGGGCAUCAUCGUCCUAG